GCGUAACGUGUAAUAGUUGCUCUGUAAAUUUGGCAGGAAUCUAGUAUCAAUUUGCAUUCAAAGUAUUAAUUUAUUUAACUUCUCGGUCAAAUAACUUCGUGAAGAUGCCUCAAUCUGGAAAGAAACGUGCUCAAAAGCGAGCUGGCCGUGGUACUGAUAAUGCUGGUUCAUCUUCGCGCAAACCUGGUGAUGCGAUGUCUCCUACAUCCCCCCAGUCUCCUCAGUCCCCAACAUCUCCAUCGGCUUUUGGCUCUCGCAAAGCGCAAGCUGGCAGACCAGCCCCUAAACCAUCCUCUAGUAGAGCACAACCGGACUCCUCUUACCCAACAUCCCCAAUUUCCCCAACUUCCCCAACUUCCCCAACUUCCCCAACUUCCCCAACUUCCCCAACUUCCCAAACAUCCCCAACAUCCCCAACAUCCUCACCAUCCCUAACAGCUCCAUCACCCCGUGUCCCGCACGCUGCACAAAAAGGAAAGAAAUCUACGAAACAUCUUAAAUCGCAAGAACGCUCUGAUGACGCACAAAAACAAUCGCAAAGAGUGGAAAUGGAUAAACCGGGGCCCUCGUCAUCAGGGCGUGGACGCGGAAUGCGCAAAGAAACUGAAGAAACUCCCGCACUACGAACGCGGCCAAUUACAAUUGUAUCAAAAAAAGGUACGAGUGGCAACGCAGUCAAUUUGAUGGCAAACUACUUCGCAGUUGAAACUACGCCGCAGUUUCGAAUGUAUCAGUACCACGUAGACUUUUCACCUGAUGAAGACAACACCGCUGUUCGUAAAAGUCUUGUACGUGUCCACCAUAAAGUUUUGGGAUGGUACAUUUUCGAUGGAACAGUAAUAUACAGUAUCAAACGAUUGCACCCCGAUCCCGUACAGUUCUACUCCGACAGAAAAUCUGACAAGCAAAGAAUGGUUAUUACGGUCAAGCUGAUUGGCGACGUCAUUCCUGGGGACUACCAUUAUUUGCAAAUUUUCAAUUUAGUUUUGCGGCACUGUUUUUUAGCAAUGCGCCUGCAACUAAUGGGUCGUGACUAUUUUGACCCAUCCGCAAAGGUAGAUAUCCCAGAAUUUCGUCUCCAAAUUUGGCCUGGCUAUAAAACCACAAUCAAUCAACAUGAAGACAAGUUAUUAAUGGUAGCUGUUAUAACACACAAAGUUCUUCGGUUAGAUACGGUACUCCAAAUGCUAAGAACGUAUACUAGUACAAAAGGUGCCAACUAUAAGAAAUGUUUCCUUGAAGAUAUAGCGGGGAAGAUAGUAAUGACGACUUAUAACCGCAAGACCUACCGAGUAGAUGAUGUCUCAUGGCAUGUCUCACCUAAAUCCACAUUUAACUUGAGGAAUGAAAGAAUAUCUUAUAUAGACUACUAUAAAAAGAAAUAUAAUAUUACCAUCCGUGACGUCGACCAACCUUUACUCAUAUCUAGAUCAAAGCCGCGUGACAUCCGCGCUGGGAUGCCUGAACUAGUGUUUUUAGUGCCAGAGCUGUGCCGGCAAACUGGAUUGACGGAUGAAAUGAGGAAUAAUUUUAAAUUGAUGAAAGCUCUUGAUACACACACAAAAAUCGGUCCCGACGCCCGUGUUAACAAAUUGCUACAAUUUAACAGAAACUUGACACAAAAUCCUGAAGUUAUAAAGGAGCUAAAUACCUGUCACCUUACUUUUGCUAAACAACUGAUGAGGAUAAAAGGCCGCCAACUGCCUACUGAAAAUAUUGUACAAGGCAAUGAUUGUCGCUCAAGACCCCUGCUGCGGAUCAGCCAUCUACCAUCAUGGGUAGUAGUAGCUCCAGAAAGGGCUCGACGUGAAACUGAAAGUUUUGUAGACUUGAUUAUAAAGGCAGGUAGAGAUGUUAAAUUCCUCAUACCAAGACCAGAAAUGGUGAUGAUGCAAUACGACGGGUCUAUAGAUUACGCUCGGACUUUAGACAAUGUUAUAGCACGCUCGAAUCCCGCUUUGAUUUUAUGUGUGGUCACUCGCAAGUUAUCGGAUCGUUACGAGGCUAUCAAAAAGAAGUGUUUGGUUGACCGUGCCAUCCCUACCCAAGUUGUGACCUUGCGGAAUAUGACGUGCAAUUCUGCUCUGUCAGUAGCCACUAAAGUAGCGAUCCAAAUGAACUGCAAGCUCGGUGGUGCGCCGUGGAGAGUUGAAAUCCCACUGCAAAACAUCCUAGUAGUUGGCUAUGAUGUAUGUCACGAUACUCGUAGCAAACAAAAAAGUUUCGGCGGGUUCGUCGCUUCAUUAGAUAGGUAUAUGACGCGCUACUACUCUGCCGUCAACUCACACACGUCCGGCGAAGAAUUAAGCAACCACAUGGGCUUCAAUACAGCCACAGCUCUGAAGAAAUUCAGAGAAUUAAACGCUACAUUGCCGCACAGGAUUUUUAUUUAUCGCGAUGGCGUGGGUGACGGACAGAUUCCUUAUGUAAGCACACACGAGGUGGCCGAAGUAAACAAGGUACUUCGAGAAUUCUAUGGAUCCGAGGAAUACAAAAUGUCGUUCACAAUAGUUUCCAAACGGAUUAACACGCGUAUUUUCCUGGAACAAGGGAACAAAGUCGUCAACCCACGACCUGGGACUGUUGUCGACGACGUUGUAACACUACCAGAGCGAUAUGAUUUCUUUUUGAUAUCACAAAACGUGCGUGAUGGAACCAUAACUCCAACGUCGUAUAACGUAAUUGCGGAUACAACAGGAUUGCAUCCUGAUAGGAUGCAAUGGUUGACAUACAAGAUGACUCAUUUGUAUUUCAACUGCUCCUCACAAGUUCGUGUUCCUGCCGUGUGCCAGUACGCUCAUAAGCUGGCCUUCUUGGCUGCAAACAGCCUGCACAAUCCACCACACAACUCGCUUACAGAAACUUUGUAUUUCCUGUAAAUCGUAAUAAUUUCGAGGGUCAACGUAAUCAUCCAAAGAUAAUAUCCACAGUAUAUAAUUAUUUUAAUUAGGACGAGGAAGAUAUUAUCUUAUUUCUUGAAAACCUGUUAAGGUUUUCAAAAUGUUUUCGGAAAACAUAUUUAAGUAUACCUUUUAAAUAUAUAAGAUAAUAGAAUAAAAAUAAAUGAAUUAGCGUAUGUGUUUAUACCUAGUUACUACUACUUCUACUAUAGUCAUUAUUAUUUUUAUACACUAUAAAAACUGUGAUUUUCUUAACUUAUUACGACUUGGCAAGUUUUCUAUGCUCAAUUAGAGGUUGGUGCCAAAAAAUUAUCAACCUAUUAUAGUUAAGGUUAUUUAACAUGUGAUUAUUAUUAAGAAAACGUAUGACAAAUAAAACGGCGUAUUAUUGGGAUGUAUUUUGUUUAGAUUAUUUGGUAAAAUAAUUAAAUGUUAAGAAAAAUAUUAAGAUGGGUGUCAUGGUGG